AUGGCGAACCCUGAGCCGGAGCAGUCGGAGCAGCCGCAGUCGCAACCGGCGACCGAGCCCGCGGCACCGGCCAAGUACACGCCCUUCACCGUGGAGGAUCCCGAGCCCAUGAUUGACGAUGCCGUGGUCGGCAAGCCGUGGAUGUACAAGCCGAUGUUGAAGAUCGGAAAAUGGCAAGCGCCCUGGUUCGCAUCGCCGGAGACGCAGCUGAUCCUGGUUUCCUUCGUCUGCUUCCUUUGCCCUGGUAUGUACAAUGCGGUCAGUGGCCUCGGUGGUGGUGGCCAGGUCAAUGCCACCGACGUGAACAACUCCAAUACGGCCCUGUACAGUACUUUUGCCGUGGUGGGCUUCUUCGCCGGCUCCAUCGCCAAUCGGAUUGGUCUUCGCCUGACCCUGUCCCUGGGUGGCUUUGGCUACUUCCUCUAUGUUGCCGCGCUCCUAUCCUACAAUAUCAACCAGAAUGCUGGGUUCCUAAUCUUUGCCGGCGCCCUGCUCGGUGUCUGUGCCGGCCUGCUGUGGUGCGCCCAGGGUGCUGUCAUGAUGAGUUAUCCCCUUGAACACGAGAAGGGCAAGUACAUCGCCAUCUUCUGGGUCAUUUUCAACCUGGGUGGUGUCAUUGGUAGCUUGGUCCCCCUCGGCCAAAACAUGCACAGCACCGCUGGCAAUGUCAACAACGGUACCUAUAUCGCAUUCCUGGUUCUCAUGGCCAUCGGAUUUGCGCUGUGCUGGUGUCUGGCCGACUCCAAGUAUAUCAAACGCAAGGACGGUUCGCGAGUCAUUGUGAUCAAGAACCCCACCUGGAAGUCCGAGUUCCUGGGCUUGUGGGAGACCCUGCUCAGCGACUAUUACAUCGUUCUGAUGUUUCCCAUGUUUCUGGCCAGCAACUGGUUCUACGGAUACCAUUUCAAUGCCGUCAACCUCGCCUACUUCACCGUCCGCACUCGUGCACUGAACAGCCUCCUCUAUUGGCUAAUGCAGAUGGUCGGUGCGUUCCUUUUCGGCCAGCUCCUGGACAUGAAGUGGUUCUCGCGUCCGACCCGCGCCAAGAUCAACUUCGGUGUUCUCUUUGCCAUCACUAUGGGAAUCUGGGGCGGUGGUUACGCUUUCCAGAAACAGUACACUCGUGCGACGGUCAAGGCUGAUACCGACUUCACGGACAGCAACUAUAUUGGUCCUAUGUUCUUGUACAUGUUCUACGGCUUCUACGAUGCUGCUUUCCAGACCUGUACCUACUGGUACAUGGGUUCUCUCUCCAAUAACGCUCGCAAGUUGGCUAAUUUCGCCGGUUUCUACAAGGGCAUCCAGUCUGCCGGUGCUGCUGGAAUGUGGCGAAUGGAUGCCGUGGAGACUCCAUACAUGACCGAGUUUGCUUCAUGCUGGGGUCUACUCGUGGGCAGCAUGCUCAUUGCGUCGCCGGUCAUCUUCUUCAAAGUCAAAGAGCACACCGAUGUCGAAGAAGACCUGCGCUUCUCCGACGAGACAGCCGCUGAUGUCCUUGGUGACACCGUAGAUACCUAUGAGAAGCCUCAUGCUGAAGAGGACGCCGGUCAUAAG